GGUACCAAAGCAGGGGUUUGGGAUGGCUUUGCCUUCAGGGUUUCUUGGGCUUCUGCUUCUUCUUCUCCACGGGAUGCUCUUUGGUUUGGCUCAAGGCGACGUCCAUUUAUACGACUUUGUCCUGAAGGAGACCAGCUUUACAAGGCUGUGCAGCAGCAAGAGUAUGUUGGUUGUAAAUGAAAGUUUGCCAGGCCCUGUGAUUCGUGUCACGAAAGGGGAUACUGUAUUUGUAAACGUCCACAAUCAAGGAGACUAUGGUGUUACGAUUCAUUGGCAUGGAGUGCAUCAACCGAGGAAUCCAUGGUCGGAUGGUCCAGAGUACAUUACACAGUGCCCCAUAGAGGCAGGAUCAAACUUCACAUAUGAGGUCAUAUUUUCGGAUGAGGAAGGAACACUUUGGUGGCAUGCCCACAGUGACUGGACACGAGCUGGCGUCCAUGGUGCUAUUGUUGUUAUGCCCAACAACGACACCGGUUUUCCAUUUCCCCAGCCUGAUGGAGAAGAAAUUCUCGUACUCGGAUCUUGGUAUAAAGGUGACGUAAAUGCGGAAGUUGCUGAGGACCUCGAAGAUGGUUCUGACACUCCUCGCUCAGAUUCUUAUAUCAUCAAUGGACAACCUGGUGAUCUCCUCCCUUGCUCUGCCGAAAAUACAUACAGGUGGCAAGUGGAUUAUGGGAAGACGUACCUUCUUCGGUUAGUCAAUGCAGCCAUGAACGCAGAGCUCUAUUUUGCGAUUGCUCAACAUGUUCUCACCGUGGUAGGAUUGGAUGGAUCAUACCUUAAACCUGUUGUCACCGAAUAUGUCAUGAUCUCCCCAGGACAGACCAUGGACAUUUUGGUGACAGCAAACCAGACACGUCCCGGCCGCUAUUACAUGGCUGCAAGACAGUUUGAUAGUGUUAGGCCGGAUGACACAGACUAUGACCAAACAAAUGCCACAGCAAUUCUUGAAUAUAGAGGCAAUUACACUCCAACAUCUACCCCCAUUUUCCCUAGCAGUCUUCCAACCUACGAGGACAUCAAGUCUGCAAUCUACUUCACAGAUCGUCUUAGGAGUUUAGCCGAUCAAGACCACCCGGUUAAUGUCCCCAAAAACAUAACCACCAUGAUGUAUAUUUCAGUUGCCAUGAACAGUAUUACGUUUGACUAUGAGGGAACCUCUAGAAGUUCUCUUUCUUCGAGCUUAAACAACGUCAGUUGGGUUAACCCCACCACAGAUGUACUACUGGCCUACUACAGGAACAUGAGUGGAUUUUACACCACAGAUUUUCCAGACUUUCCGCCAACUUUAUACAACUUCACGGCAGACACAGCUCCUGAUUAUACAACUGACACCUCACAAGGAACGAGGGUGAAGGUGCUUGAUUACAAUGAAGAGGUGGAGAUAGUGUUUCAGGGUACUACUGUGCUUGAUGCAUCGGAGGACCAUCCAAUGCACCUGCAUGGCUACACCUUUUACGUGGUUGGCUCAGGAGAUGGCAACUUCGAUAAUGAGACUGACCCUGCAAAUAGCUACAAUUUGGUCGAUCCGCCUAAAAUGAAUACCGUUUCCCUGCCCAAGAGAGGAUGGGUUGCCCUUAGAUUCAAAGCUAGUAAUCCAGGAGUAUGGCUAUGGCAUUGCCAUUUGGAUCGACAUCUAAGUUGGGGAAUGAACACUGUCUUCAUAGUGAAAAAUGGCGACACUCCUGAGACGAGCAUCCGCGAACCCCCUACUUACAUGCCUUCUUGUGAAGGUUCAUUGCCCAUUAGGCUCCUAAAUUUUGACGACUCGAACGAGCGAGAAUAAGUUAGUUUGAUGUGAUUAAGUAGUUGUUUAUUAUAUGUAAGUACUAUUAAUUGGUUUAAGACUACUACGUACGUUAAUAUUAAUGCAUGCAUGCAUGGUUACUUAUUAUAUAUACUAAGAGCAGGCAAG